AUGCCUGUUUACCACAUUGUGUUGUUUAAACUGAAACCCGGAGUAACGGAAGACCAGCUGUCAACGUGGACAAAGGAUGCCAAAGCCCUAGUCGGCCAGAUUCCAGGCUUGUCGAAGCUGGAAAUCAACAAACCUCUGCCCUCGACGGCCCAUAGAGGUCAGGGCUACGACAUGGCGUUGGUCUCAAUACUCGAAAAAGCGGACGAUGUCAAAGUAUAUGCUCAACAUCCAGCACAUCUUGAGUAG